GUAGCAUUUACAAGUCCUCGGAGCCUUCUCGAGCAUCACGGCCGGCUCCAGUGCAGUUUGAGUAUGUUCAUAUGGAUCAUCAGUCCCCCGUUGCAUCCUCGUAAUCCAUCUUCUCCCCGCGACAGAUUUCAGUAUAGUCGUGCAGACUCUCGCGCCAAUCUCUUGAAUACGCCAAGCACAGUAUGGAGAAGCCCCCGAACGCCACCCCCUUACUCUACCACGAUGUCAUCUCCUAGAAAAUGGUGGCAUUGGCGGCCUGCAUGGUUUAUGUGCCUAUCAUUCCUCUUCGGAGUUGCUUGCGCAAUUGGCCAUCACGCAUUUUAUACGUCUUUGAAUGGGAAGCCCGCCGUCGACCAGCUAUGCUCUUAGCGGCGUUUAUAUGGCUGACACCCAUAGUGAUAAUAUUGAUAAGUAAUACUUUAACUUAAAUUUUACGAAAGAUGAACUCGAGGUGACUAGCUUCAUUUUGCAAAUGGUGCCUUCUCUCUAUUUAUGUCCAAGGAGCCUAUAGGAAUGGAGGAGCCCUACCAAGUUCAAUAAUCCAUACGGCUUGUCAAUGUCGAUAUGAAUGUCGAUAUGGAAUACGACAUCCUCUUAUACUGCCUCGCCGGACGGGUUCAGCUCUAAACUCCUCGUCCCCGGAGGUGAUUAUAGCUACUACGCCUACACGAGUGGCGGCGAAUAUUCUACCCGGCAGAUGAAAGAUACUAGCCACGGAGGUAUUCCGAAUAUGGAACCGCCGUUUCCUGAAGCUUUAGGAGCAUUCCGUACCGAAUCAGUGUUAUGGAUAGGAUAUUUUGGUGAGAACUAACCCGAAUGAAGCACCACCUCUCAAUAGAUCGAUGCCAGGUUGGAGCGACGCCUUUAUUCCUAAGGUGAUUGGAUGCGAGCAU